GUCAAAGCCAGGGAAGGACAGUGCGAAAGAAAAAAAGAAACUCUGCGCAAUCAAUCGAUCGGCAGGCAGGAAAAAUUGAGUUUUUCACCUCGGCAAGACAGGAAAAGCUCUACUUCGGUGUGUCCGCUGUGCGUCCGCGAAUUCCGUGAUUGCAUCCGCGCAAUGAUGUAGUGCAUUUCGUACGAUUCACACGGCCCACAAACACGAAGUCAUACUCGGACGGUGCGAAAAGCUAGCUUGCGAGAUAAAAAGAAACCCCUAUUUUAUCCAGCCGCCACACACUCCCACAGCCACCGACGACUACGAAGACGACGAACGGCCAAAGGCGAUUCGGAGCUAUUGGAGUGCUGUUGUGAACACUACGAACGAGUAGAAGAAAAUUAAGGGCUGUGCGUGCGUUAGUGCGUGCGUGCGUCCGUCACUGCUGUUGGCUUCGGUGGUCGCGAGUAAAGGAGAAGCAAUUACGUGAAAGUUGUGUGGUGUUUUCUUCUGCUUCUAGUGAAUGUUCAGAUUUGUCGACCCACCACGGGUGUGUGUGCAGUACAGAGGCAGAGAGUGAUUGUGCGUUUGUGUGACUAGUCGGGAAGGCACGAUAAACGACCGACAGAACAAAGCGCUCUGAGUGGCGUUUGUUCUUCCGAGAAAGGGAACAAAAACCGUGAAAUCAGCUCAUCAGCGAACCCCACAAUGGAGUCACUAAUUCCGAUCGUGAACAAGCUGCAGGAUGCAUUCACCCAGAUGGGGGUGCAUAUGCAGCUUGACCUACCACAGAUCGCGGUGGUUGGCGGCCAGUCUGCAGGAAAGUCGUCCGUGCUGGAAAACUUUGUCGGAAGAGACUUUCUUCCCCGUGGUUCGGGUAUCGUAACUCGACGGCCAUUGAUUUUACAGCUCAUCAAUGGAACUGUGGAAUUUGGAGAAUUCCUUCAUCAGAAGGGCAAAAAGUUUUCCAACUUUGAGGAAAUCCGACAGGAGAUCGAAGCUGAAACCGAUCGCAUCACCGGCAGCAACAAGGGCAUCUCGAACAUCCCAAUCAAUCUGCGAGUGUACUCACCGCAUGUGCUCAACUUGACGCUGAUCGAUUUGCCCGGUUUGACCAAGGUUCCGAUCGGGGAUCAACCGGCCGAUAUUGAGAACCAGAUUAAGGGCAUGAUAUUUCAGUUCAUUCGAAAGGAAACUUGCCUUAUUUUGGCCGUCACACCGGCCAACACCGAUUUGGCCAAUAGUGAUGCGCUAAAGCUGGCUAAGGAGGUCGAUCCGCAGGGUGUACGAACGAUCGGUGUCAUUACCAAGCUCGAUCUGAUGGACGAGGGUACGGAUGCUCGCGAUAUCCUGGAAAAUAAGCUGCUGCCGUUGCGCCGUGGCUACAUCGGUGUGGUGAACCGCUCGCAGAAGGAUAUCGAGGGCAGGAAGGACAUUCACGCCGCACUGGCCGCCGAGCGCAAGUUCUUCCUGAGCCAUCCCAGCUAUCGGCACAUUGCCGAUCGGCUCGGUACGCCGUACCUGCAGAAGGUGCUCAAUCAACAGCUAACCAACCAUAUCCGCGACACGCUGCCGGCGCUGCGUGAUCGACUGCAGAAGCAAAUGCUCACGCUGGAGAAGGAUGUGGAUCAGUACAAACAUUUCCGCCCGGACGAUCCAAGCAUCAAGACGAAGGCUAUGUUGCAGAUGAUCCAGCAGCUGCAGUCCGAUUUCGAGCGUACAAUUGAAGGUUCCGGUUCGGCGCUAGUCAACACGAACGAGCUGUCGGGCGGUGCCAAGAUUAACCGAAUUUUCCACGAACGGUUGCGCUUCGAAAUCGUCAAGAUGUCGUGCGACGAGAAGGAGUUGCGGCGCGAGAUUUCGUUCGCCAUCCGUAACAUUCACGGUAUUCGUGUCGGUUUGUUCACACCCGACAUGGCGUUCGAAGCGAUCGUGAAGAAACAAAUUUCGCAGCUGAAGGAACCGAUCCUAAAGUGUGUCGAUUUGACCGUACUGGAGCUGUCGAAUGUGGUGCGAAUUUGUACGGACAAGAUGGCUCGCUAUCCGCGUUUGCGCGAUGAAACGGAACGCAUCAUUACGACGCAUAUUCGCCAGUGCGAACAAAAGGCCAAAGAGCAGAUGAUGCUACUGAUCGACUAUGAGCUGGCGUACAUGAAUACCAACCACGAAGAUUUCAUUGGCUUCGCAAACGCUCAAAGCAAAACUGAAAACGCGGUCAAGACUGGUACUCGUAACCUCGGUUCGCAGGUGAUCCGCAAGGGCCACAUGUGCAUUCAGAACCUUGGCAUCAUGAAGGGUGGCUCGAGACCGUAUUGGUUCGUGCUAACCUCCGAGAGCAUCUCGUGGUUCAAGGAUGAGGAUGAGAAGGAGAAGAAGUUUAUGCUGCCCCUGGACGGGCUGAAGCUGCGUGACAUUGAGCAAGGAUUCAUGUCCCGGCGCCAUACAUUUGGUCUGUUCAAUCCCGAUGGACGUAACGUGUACAAGGAUUACAAACAAUUGGAGCUGUCUUGCGAAAGUACGGAUGACGUGGACUCAUGGAAGGCAUCCUUCCUACGGGCCGGUGUAUACCCCGAGAAGGACACUCCCGCCAAUGGAGACGAGACGGAAGCGGAGCAGGAAAGCAGCGAAAGUGGACCGACCGGACAGUCGCUUGAUCCGCAGCUCGAACGACAGGUCGAGACGAUACGUAAUCUCGUCGAGUCGUACAUGCGCAUCGUAACCAAAACCACGCGCGACAUGGUCCCGAAGGCUAUCAUGAUGCUUAUCAUUAACAACACGAAGGAUUUCAUCAACGGUGAGCUGCUGGCCCAUCUGUACGCCACUGGAGAUCAGGCCUCAAUGAUGGAGGAAAGCGCCGACGAAGCACAAAAGCGGGAAGAGAUGUUGCGAAUGUAUCACGCCUGCAAGGAAGCGUUACGUAUUAUUGGUGACGUUUCGAUGGCUACAUUCUCAACGCCCGUACCACCGCCGGUGAAAAAUGACUGGCUGUCGAGCGGCCUGGACAAUCCGCGGCUGUCUCCACCGAGCCCGGGCGGUCCGCGUAAGGCAGCACCACAGCAACAGGGUUCGCUUGGUUCGAUGGGAGCUCCGGCUGGCCGGGGACCACCACCCGCACCGGCUAGUGCACGGCCGGCACCGGCAAUACCAAACCGGCCGGGAGGAGGUGGAGCCGCACCGCCCCUACCCGGUGGUCGUCCCGGUGGACAAGCGUUACCAGCUCCGCUGAUUCCAUCGCGGCGUUAAAAACUAACUAAAAUAGCGAGCAAAUAAUAUAAAGAAUGGAAAAGUGAAAAAAAAUUCAACCAACAACACGCGAAAAGAAAGCUUCUUCUCGUACGCAAUAUGCAAAUUAAUGUAGAGAUAUAAAUAUUAUACAUACACAAACCCUUAUAUAUAUAUAUACUAGAAAACAAAACAAAAACCCCCACACCAACACACGCGGGGUUCGUUAAUCUGUAGAGCAGAACGUUGUGAAAAGUAAAUCGAUUUAGAAAAUACAGUUCAUGUUUACAAAGGACAGGAAGAUGUUAUUAACACACACACACAAUACAAACAGUUAAACUCAGCCGAGUACCCCAGCGAGAACACCUAUCGUCAAUAAUGGGUGCGUUGAUUAAGACAGGCAUUAAGACAUAAACUACGAUACACUCGUUGCUAUUGAAAGCGUGUUUAAAGCCGGCACCAUCAUACACGAAUGAUGUGUUGAAGAUUUAACUUUAUGAUUUGUGGCGCACGUGUCCGAAUCGAUCCUCUUCUCCAUGUUGACAUGUUGCCGUCACACUGCGUUACUUCCGCUGCAUUCGUAGAGGCAAGUCGGAAAAUUGAAAAGCGAAAGUAAAUAGAGUGUAAGCCCGUUAGUUAGUUAGUUUUGAUCGCCCGGCCGUAUGUGGUUAGGUGAAAAGAUGAUGCGAGGGGUGCGAAACCACGCACGAAAAUCAGUCGCAUUCUCCAGGAGGAGUAGCAUGAGUGCUGUGCACCUGCUGUUUCCAUUGUUGUGUUGUACCGUUGUAUAUGUAUUUCAAGGUUUAAAUUCGACCAGCUUGAAUCUCUCUCUGUGUGUGUAUGUAAACGGUGACAAAAUAGUGAAGCAUAGCGAUGAGAGCGCGUUGAAUAUACGUUACGUUAAUGCAUACUUUUCCCAUCUUCCCAUCAAAUGUCGUUGACACACACACGCCUGCCACUCGCAUCCUCACAUCCACCAGGCGUCCGGGUGGUUCCGCUGCGGGCAUGGCACAGAUGCUUCCGGCCAGCACCAGGCAACAGAUCAACCAGCAGGUUGGCCAGGCCGUCACCAAUGCCGCCAUGAACGAACUGUCGAACGUGUUUGCCUCGAAGUUCAAGUAAAGUAUUCUUGCUUCUUCCCCGUGCAUUCCUCAUCUUAAACUUAAACGUGUGCUAAAUCAUGGGUGUGUCUGUGUGUGCUGUGGUGAAGGAAAAACAAUGGAAAUGUAAAGAGCACCCUUAACCCUAUAAGCGCCACCAUACCAUUCCCUAUCGCUUGCUCCUCUGCCAUGUGGCCGCAUAAAUGCAGCCUGCAACAUAUCCUUCCUUCCCGUGCAUGUCCCCCCCCCCUCCCCUUAUUCCAUACAUUCUCCUAUCGGUUUUACCCACCGGUGUGUUGUUACUUACGUUGUUACGAUUACGGGCUCGAACGUUGUUAGAGAGGGUGUGAUGAAAGGAAUGAAACUAAUCCCGUGCAACCUAACCAAUAUGAUUUUGGCUUGCUGCAAAUAAUGGAAAUGUUGGUAUUGCGGCACCGCGUCACGCAAUUCCGAAUGUGCAACACACAGUGCGUAUAAUAUAGAAACUUAACUUAAUGAAGCAACAACUCGAAAGUAUAAGCAGCUAACGAAACAUACAGCAGUAGAGUAGCAGGUUCGAAAAUCACUCGCCCCCAAAAUCACACCGCACCACACACAUGUGCACACCUGCAAAAAUGGUGGUUUUCCGUGUAAAAUGAUGUGAAACCCAUCACACUCAGUGCGCACCUGCCGCACCAAUGAAGAUGAAUGAUAUAGCUGGUCCCACCAGCAGCUACCGAACAUGUGUUGAUGUGUGUUGUGUGAUUGUGCGCGUGUGUUUGAACGCUUUAGUGUCUCUUUGUGUGUCUAGUUUUAAAUGCAAUGAAUCAUCAUUAAAUAUCCCCUCAAAAAAACACAGACACACACAAAGGUAAGGAAGAAGCCAAAAACAAUAUGCAACGACAAAGCAGUAAGGAUAAGAAAGGAUGGCAAUUUAAAACAGAAAAGAGUAUAAAGAAAAAAAGGAACGAAGAAACGAGAGAGAAAAGAAGAAAAAAGAAAAAAAACCACUCACACACCGACAAAACAUCCUCUAUCCCCAAAAUAAUCAAUCUAUCGAAGGAACAAAACGUUUCAUAUAUGUUAUAAAAGUAAAACAAGCAAGCAAAAGGUGGAAGGGAGAAUGCUAGUAUCCAAAACAACAAACAAACAAACAAACAAACUACAACAGUAAACUACUAAAAAACAAACAACUAAACACAUGCGACCUAACAUUGUUUUAAUAUUGGAAUUAAAUAUCCGUACCCUCUCUCUCUAUCGCUAAUCGGGUCCCUAAAUGAUGGAAAGGGGUAGAAGCAGACGUAUCGCCCUUCACCCAACCACAUUCUCAAUUCGCGUACCACAAGAGAUGAUAUUAUAGUACCCGGAAAGGAAAGCUGAUAAAUCUCCCGGAAUGCUCGAAACACAAACACCCACAAAAAAAUACCCACGAAAAGCGCAAAGUGGAAGGAGCACACGAAGAAGAAAGUGAAACAAAAAACAAAAACCUUAACACAAAAGAUAUUACAACAAAAUGAUAUAAAUAUAUACAUAUAUAUAUAUACAUAUACACAUGCAUAUAUAUAGUUCAAAUGAUAACGUUGUUCACUGUUUGCGUGCGCGGAUAAUAUUAAAAGAAACGCUUAAAAUUGUAGUAAAGUUUAUAGAGGAAACGAAGCUGUGAGCGAACCCAGAGAACGAUGUAGAGCAAUGUAGUUGAAACGAACCGGAUAAGAGACCGCAAAAUUAACCACAAGGAAACAACAGAACAAACACAAACCGACACGCAAGGACACCCAUCCAUUCAUAGCAAUGAGAAAGCUUAACUACUAUGUGUUUCAUCUGUAGUUCUGGAGCGCAAAAUGAUGCAUUAUCAUGACCCUGCUUUGUUCUGUUAUGUUGUCGUUCGGUGUGGAUCGCACCGGUGUUAGUCGAAGGUAACGAGCAACAUUCCACCAUAAUAAGGUGCCCACAGGAUUGGAACGAUUGGAGACAUUCCCUUUUAGGCUUUUGGUAAAGUAGUUUUUUUUUUUGUUCCCUUUUCCCGUUUACAAACGGACAACGUUAUGAGCCAACGACGUUAGCAGAGAGAGAAGCAGCAGAACGUUGCCAAGUGUGUAUAAGUCAAUUAAAGAUAUUCUAUUUGUUGUUAACGGCGAUGCUCCCUGGCUGGCUGGCAGAGUGGCGCAAUCAUCAUUACCCCAUUUUUUAACGAUAAGCGCCGGUUGCAAAACGCCGGACACGAAAGGAGAAGAGCAAUCCUUUUAACCAUUAAUUUAGCGUGUAUCGUCAAUCAUAAAGCGGCAUCUCCGCGUAAUGUAAAUGUGCGUAAGGAUACCAAUUUUAUGUUGCAUGUAAAUUGAUUUUAAAAAACCCGCAUUGAAAACCUCCCUGUGAAUCGUACGUUUUCCAUCCUCUUUUUUAAACUUUUAGCAGUAAUAGAUAUUGGUUUAAUAAAAAAACACACCAUUAUUGCGUGGUGGAUCCUGGCCUUUUUUUGGUAGGGUUUUGUGUUGUGAAUAUAAAUUAUACAUACGCCAUUCGCCUCUGCUCUUGUGGUGCAUUUAUUGUUCCGGCUUGGCUACGGCUGGUCUGCAAAUUCGAUGCAAUAAAGGAAACCAUUCCAUUGCUUGAAGGAUGUUAGAAAGUAGGGUUAGCUGACAGACCUUGUUCCUUUCAUACCGACUUCCAGACGGUGGUAUAAUUGCAUACUAAAAAAAACUUAUAUGUUUCCAUUUCGAAGAUUAAUUAGAAUACCUGAUAAAAGAGAGACGAAACACACACACAGUAAACAGAAAAGCAAACACUCAUAAAACCGUCAAAAUGCGCCUGAGAAAGCGUGUCGCACCGAUAUGGAUACGAGACGAAGAUUGGAAGUUACUUAAAUACAGUGAAGAAGAAACGAAAACAAAAUGCAACCAAAACUUCAACACGUAAUGCAAUCGCAAACCAGAACAAAUAUAUAUAUGCGCCAGAAACGCAGAGUAGUAAUGUGUUGUAGUACGACCAGCACUCAAACACUAAACCCCACAGCGAAGGAUGCGAGUUCCGCGCAAGGACAAAAUACCUACAUAUAUAUACUAGCAUGUCUGUGUGUGUGUGAGCGGUGUAGUAAGCAAGCAAAAACAUGAACGAAAAAUCGAAAACCAACCAAAUGCGAAUGCGAACAACAGCAACGCAAAAACAAAGAAAACCACACACACAACAACAACCAGAACAAACAAAAGAACUAUACAUAUUAUAUCUAUUCUAUGACAGAGAAAAAUAAAGUAUAACAGUAAUUAAUUGGAA